CGUAGUUGAGAGAAAGAGAAAUGAUCCAUGGGGAUGACGAAAAGAAGAAGAAGAAGAAGAAGAAGAAAAGAACACGGCAGCUUGGCUUCUUGGGAUCAAAACCCUCAAGAUUCAACCUUACCCUCUCCCUCCUCUUGGUUAGUCGAAGAAGAAACCCCAGCUGCGAAGGAGAACCGGCAGAGCCGCCACACUUGGAGACCCUUCCCCCUUCUGGGUUAUGUGUAAAACCAGUCAAAACUGGCCUGACCGAGGUGAACCGCUAUCAUGGACGGCGUCGAAGCACGGCGACGGUGCCGUGCUGGAAUCCUAAAAUUGGCCGAAAAUAG